UCCAACAUGGACGUCGACGAGUGAAGCACAUUUUCUAGUGAUUUCUGUUUCGAGACCAAAGUGAAGUUUCGAACAGUCCAUCACCAUGGACGAGGCUACAACUUUCGCGCCAAAUGACAGCGGUCAUCGGGAGUUCGACUGCUCCUUCGACCCAAGAGCUGCCGAGAUUUUCGCAAAUAUUUCUGAAAACCCCGAGUUAUUGGCUGUAAUAAUCAUCGGGACAGUUCUAACGAUAGGACAGAUCAUCUCCCUGGUCGAAGGAUGCACAUGGAUCGCCAAGAAUAUCCCGCACAGUGAACGGUCGACGUGUUUGAUAUGGAUGUUCUCGUGUUGGCCGGUGUUUAGUAUCGUAUCAUUAGUGGGUUUGUACAUUCCGAGGGCAGCUCUUCUAAGUAACAUCGCUUCUAACAUGUUCUUGUACCCGACCAUGUACCACUUCCUGCUGCUGAUCGUGGACUACUUCGGAGGAGAGGACUCCCUCAUCGGCAAGAUGAGAGGUCACCUCAUGCACUUCAACCAGCCACCAUUGCUGUGUUGUUGCUGCUGCUGCCCUAAGGCUUUCUGCCACAACAAGCUGACAAAGAAAAAGUACCUCUUCUUGGAGAUCGUGGUAAUGCAGGUAGCGGUUGCUCGACCUAUCAUGCAGUUCCUGACGCUUAUGUUCGACUUGGAUGGAACCUACCCGUACCCAAGCUACGACCCCCGGUCACCACACGUGUACCUCUUAGUUCUCAACACCAUCAGCACCAUGUCUAGUAUGCAAAGUAUCUUGAUCAUCUACAACUCGGCCAAGCCCGCCAUUAAGGACCUGGGAGGCUACAACACCUUGCCCAAGUUCAUCCUCUUGGAGUCCUUUGUCCUGGUUAGCGGUCUCCAGAUGUCAAUCAUCGGCUUUGCCAUUGGGGGCGUGCCUUGCAGCAAGCCCUUCCCGUUCAUGUCAAGGGGCUCAAGCUGGAAUGCCUUCAUCACGAUCCUUUGGGGCAUCAUCUUCCAGCCUGUCAGCAUCAAGUACCUACGCACUCUGAAGGGCAACGUGAUCAGCCUACCGUCCAAGUUCCGCGACGACAAGAAAUCGACCAAUCUGCCGGGCCUGAUCGCCCGGGCCAAGGAGCGUCUGCAGCGGGGAGGGGAAGUGUCGAUUGACGAGGAAGCCGCCGAGGCAUCGGAGGCAGAGGAGCGGACCCCUCUGCGCCGACGCCGGUACAGCACGGGGUGCGUGGAUGAUGGUACCUCGUACGGUACCGUCCAUGGCUCGGUCUUAGAGGUGUAGUGAGGUAGCAACUUAUACCAAGGCUGGUAAUGGGUCGCUCUUGAUAGCUGACCCCACGGCUUAGCUACAUGGGUGCAAGUGAAUUUUAGUCUCAAUAGAAAUUAUACGGUGCAUAUAAAAGUCUAGGCGAAAAAUAGUCGAUUUUGUUGUUUUUCAGAAGUGACUAAAUUUUCCUUCAGUUUUUAAGAACCACAGAGAACCCAGUCGGUAUAAGAGCGCUAGAGUGCAUGAUUCAAGCAUCGUUAGUGAUACCAAAGCAAUUUUUACACCUGUUUUAUUUGUAUGUUGCAGUAAUCAAUUUGAAAACAUAUGCUUUGUAUUCAUACUGUCUGUUUUAGGCCUAUAAUAGUGUGAUAUUGAAAAAAAAUGUGGGUAAAUUGAAAACUUAGUUAGGUGCGCAAGAGAUCUCAAAUUGUGGUGGUAUCUUUUGAUUUCAUCGGGUAAGCUCAAAAACGGUCAUCCAUUACUUAGUACGAUAGUUACAAGUUUAAAUUGAUGUAUAUAGUAGGUAGUGUGUAGUGCUUCUUGUGACGUACAACUGAUUUCGUUUUUAUAUGAGGUUUUCGGCUUUUAAAACUGUUACAAUGUUUGUGACAGGCACAAAAAAUUAGUGUGAACAAAUGUUUCAUAAUUAGUUUUAAACUAAAGUUUCCAAAAAAUAAGCAUUUCCAAAAAAUAAGCAUUAUGUUACAUUAAACACUGGAGGAGCUUUGUAAAAAAAAAAUGUUAGAAAUCAGUGCUGUAAAUCGGAAAAAAAGUUUUAUUUGGGUAAGAUUUUUUAAAUCAAGCACAACUUUUAAUUGUUUUGCAUGUAUUAUUUUCCUAGGAGUUUGUAAUAUAAAUGACAAAUUGAUAUGAUUUAUAUAUUGAUAAUUGUUACCAAUGAUGUAUUGUAGUAACAUUAUGUCGCUAUUAUAAUUUUUUUAGAUAUUUUAUUUCAUAUGAAUACUGAAGGGAACGGGUGUCGCUAUAGUACAGGUUAAAUAUUUUAUAACGCUUUGGUUUACAACGUUAAAGGGCCACUAGGUCCUGAAA